AUGAACGGCGGUCUAGUUCAACGUCGUCGCAAACCCGUGGCGGCCGAAGAGAAAACGGAAGAAGUUGAAGAAAAAGUACAGGAAGAUGAAUACGACGAUGAUGAGGACCGCUCGGCACCGCGCCUUACUCUAAUGGAAGAGAUUUUGUUACUAGGGUUAAAGGACAAAGAGGUAUUUUUGUUUUUCACGUUUUUACUUUAUUAACAAGUUUUGGUACUUUUAAAAUCAUGACUAUAAAAUCAAAUUAUUCUUUUUUUUAUAAAAUAUAAAUAUACUAUUAUGAUUAUUGUUUUUUUCAUUUUAGGGCUACACGUCAUUUUGGAACGACUGUAUUUCUCCUGGCAUUCGGGGAUGUGUGUUAAUAGAGCUUGCCCUGAGAAAACGAAUAGAAUUGGAAAAUGUCGGAUUACGGAAAAAAAGUCUUGUUUCAAGAAAUGUAGGAUUUUUUGUUUUUAUGUUAAUGUUUAGGUAACAGAAACAUUUUUUAAGAAACGCGAAUAAGUCUUCAAAAUUAUUUGUUAAUUUAUCUAAACAUUUCCAUUUUUACUAUAUAGUUUUAGGUGAUCAUAACAAGUGACCAGCCGACCGGCGACGUAAUCCUGGACGAAACUCUGAAACAUAUUAAAGAAACUCAGCCUCCUCAAACUGUUGUGACUUGGAUCGAACAUCUUUCAGGCGAAACUUGGAAUCCUUUGAAGUUACGGUAUCAACUACGAAAUGUGCGCGAACGAUUAGCUAAGAAUCUGGUGGAAAAGGGUGUUUUAUCGACGGAAAAACAAAAUUUUUUUUGUGUUUGACAUGACUACACACCCCCUGCAGGAUGGAACAACCAAAGCUAAACUUAUCCGUGUACGUGUUUUGUGAUGAUGUUUUUUGAACUCCCGUUUUCAGUUGCUCUUCGAAAAUUAUAUGUAUACUUAGUAAGGGAAGAUAACGCGGAAAUUUUUAGCGCGUUCAAGAAUCCGUUCUUCAACGCUGGACUAAUGAUGUCCAUAGAAUGAACAAACGUGUACUGUCACUUAUUAUUCUCGCACAUGCCUCAGAUGUACUGGAAAAUGCUUUUGGACCGCUUUCAGAUCAAGUAAGCGUUUUUUUAAUUUUUAUAUAUGUUUAGAAAGCUCUUCUAGAGAGGUUCCGGAAUAGUCGAGUGGGUAGCGGGGAUUUGUUGCGUACAAAAAGUCCUGGGUUCGAAUCCGGUCAGCGGAUUUUAGUGGUUAUGGUGUUUUUUCUUUAAAAAUGUGUUUUUAAAAGGUUAAUAGUUGUUGUUAAAUAUUAGUAGGCAUUUCUGUUAGCUCUUCGUUAAUCCCCGAACAGUUGAAGAUGCUGUGUCGGAUUCAUAGGGGAGCAAAAUUAAAACGUCGGUAAUUUCCUCUCGGUCCAUUAGCUUUGAUGAAUGGUUGAGAAUAAGAACUGCGAACAUUUUUUAAAGUUGGUUUUAAUAUAUCUAAUUUUCAUGCCGUAAAAUAAAUCUGUUAAGUACUAUAUUUUUGAAAAUUCUAUUUUGUGUUUUAGAACUACGAGGAAGCGAUGCGACGAGUCCGAAAACUUUUGGAACUGGAUUUUGAAUCAGAAGCAGACAAACAGCCGAAUCCUCACUACAACGUGGUCUGGGCGGUGUUUGAGGCGUUCAACAAAUAA